AACACUUUGCAAGGACACAGAAGAGGAGGCACGUCGGCGCUCCUACUUCCUCCCGACGCCGCCUCUGAUUGGCUCCUAGGCGUAUAAGAAACCGGUGAAGGAGCCGCCGACCCUUACAGAAACUUGCUGGAGGUCUUUGGGUGGCACAGACCUUUCCUCCGCGUCCACCCGCCCACAAGCCGAGCCCCGGGAGGAUGAGGUCGUCCUGUGUCCUGCUCACCGCCCUGGUGGCGCUGGCCGCCUAUUACAUCUACAUCCCCCUGCCCAGCUCCGUGUCGGAUCCCUGGAAGCUGAUGCUGCUGGACGCGACUUUCCGGAGCGCACAGCAAGUGAGCAACCUGAUACACAACCUGGGCCUGAGCCAUCAUCUGCUCGCACUGAAUUUUAUCAUCGUUAUUUUUGGCAAGAAAAGCGCGUGGUCAUCGGCCCAGGUGAAGGUGACCGACACUGACUUUGACGGUGUGGAUGUCAGAGUGUUUGAGGGCUCCCCAAAGCCAGAAGAGCCUUUGAGACGCAGCGUUGUUUACAUCCACGGAGGCGGCUGGGCUUUGGCCAGUGCAAAAAUCCGGUAUUAUGAUGAACUGUGUACAGCAAUGGCUGAAGAACUGAAUGCUGUCAUUGUCUCCAUUGAAUACAGGCUAGUUCCAAAAGUUUAUUUUCCUGCACAAAUUCACGAUGUUAUGCGUGCCACAAAGUAUUUCCUGCAGCCGGAAGUCUUACACAAGUAUUCGGUUGACCCAGACAGAAUUGGCAUCUCUGGUGACAGUGCUGGUGGGAAUUUGGCCGCUGCUCUGGGCCAGCAGUUUGCUCAAGAUGCCAACCUCAAAAACAAGCUCAAGGUGCAAGCUUUAAUUUACCCGGUUCUUCAAGCUUUAGAUUUUAACACACCCUCUUAUCAGCAAAAUGUGAACACACCAAUCCUGCCCCGUUAUGUUAUGGUGAAGUACUGGGUGGACUACUUCCAAGGCAACUAUGACUUUGUCCAGGCAAUGAUAGUUAAUAACCACACUUCACUUGAUGUGGAAGAGGCGGUUGCCCUCAGGGCCCGUCUAAACUGGACGUCCCUCUUGCCUGCCUCCAUCACAAAGGACUACAAGCCUGUCAUGCAGACCACUGGCAACACCAGGAUUGUGCAGGAGAUCCCUCAGCUGCUGGAUGCCCGGGCAGCCCCACUCAUCGCAGAGCAGGAAGUCCUGCAGCAUCUCCCGAAGACCUAUAUUCUGACGUGUGAGCAUGACGUCCUAAGGGACGAUGGGAUCAUGUAUGCCAAGCGUCUGGAGAGCGCAGGUGUGCAGGUGACCCUAGAUCACUUUGAGGAUGGUUUCCAUGGCUGCAUGAUUUUCACCAGCUGGCCCACCAACUUCUCAGUGGGAAUCCGGACUAGGGAUAGUUACAUCAAGUGGCUGGAUCAAAACCUGUAAACAAGUAACAUUUCUAGAAUGCUUGAGCCCCUCUUGACCUCCUGCACUUGCUUUGGAAAAAGAUGCGCUUUUUAGUUGACUGAUUUCCCCUUGUGACUUCUGAGUGAUGGAAUCUCUAUUCCUUGCAUACCUUAUGUUAAUUUAAUUUUUGGAAAUGUGUUUGACUAACAUCCAUACAAAAUGUCUGAAGCUGGUUCUCAGAGUGGGCUAGUGACUCUGUUCUUUUUGUUUUAGCCAAACUACUACCAGUACUCACGGCUGCAGAGAGCAGGACGAGGAGCUGAAAUAGCUUUGGGUUCUGUCUUCAUCAAGAAAUUCUUUCUAGAAGAAAUUCUUCCAGCUGUGGAUGACAUAGUGACCCUUAAUGAGUAAAGAAAAUGUGAGCUCUUCAACUUGCUAGGGUUUGCUUUAAAUUCAGAGCAGUGUUUCUUGUGUGCACGUAAAGGUCCGUGCUGGGUACCAAGUGACCUCUGUUCUUUAUGGAUAGAUGGUUUUGUUUCCUAUGGGAAUUUCACCAAAGGUGUUCUAGCAAGGACAAGUUUCUCAAAUGACUUUCUUCCUUUAGAGCAUUAAUUUUAUGUGAUAGCUAUCUGUAAGUCCAGUUGGAUUAGAAUGAUACUUGAAAGUUACUUUUUACCACUAUUAUUAGAAAAUAUAGAGUCACAUGGACUGGAUAUCUUUACAUUGUUAAGUUUUUUGGUUAUGCUAUCUCUGUGGGGGUGAUCUUCUGGGAGUAAAUUCAUUUAGCUGUAGGAUAAAUUUUCCAUUACAGAACAAGUAAAAUAGACAAAUGAACCAACCUAUUUAUUUUCAUAAUGAAUAUUUCUGAUAUAAAUCACCAAGAGCAGUGUGUAAUAUAUUUGGCAUAGUCAGAAAAGAAGAUACAUUUAAUACUGAAAUUAUGAAAAAUACCUUUAGAGGGUAUAGUUUAUUCUUAAAAACUCAAUUUUUUCACUUACAUGGCUUUAAAAUGGGGCUAUUUUGGUAUAUAUAAUGUAUUGUUUAUUUUUUAAGUUAUUUAAUGUUAAUAUAUGCAGCAAACUUAAGAUUUUUCAGAAUAACGUCUAUAAUGAAUAUUAAAAAUAAUAUUUUUUAAAACAACUACCUUAGAAUUAUAUCCACAUGUAAUUUUAUGGAAAGAGGUAAAGUAGCUAUUAAUACUACUGCACAUUAGGCUUAAAUAUUUUGAUGUUCACAAGCAAUCACAAAUUAAAAUAAUUAGAAACUAUGACUACACCUGGUAGAGUCAUCUAAGUUUAUAGUUCAGUAACUUAGGUAAGACACACACUGCUCAUUUCUGCCCUCGAUGGUCAGAGGAACACUAACUCAUAUUCUCCUGUGUGACACAUACAUCUGCACCUGGUGCCUUCACCUCUUUUUAUCUCCUUCCAGCCUGGUCUCGAAUUUACGAUAGCCCAACCUUGACUUCAUGUAAAGCCUUCACUGCCAGUGGGAACAUCUUCAGAAUUGCAAGGGACUCCAGUUCUGGGUUGAGUACCCCUGCCCUCCUUCCUGCCAUUCUGACCAUGCUCCCCCCCGCCCCCUCACCCCUGCCCUUUGCAGGGGUUGCAGAAGGGAGCAGGACAGCAGGUCAUGAUAUGGCCCAUCCAUCAGUGGACAGGAUGGAGUGGAGAGAAAGUGAAACCUUUUAGCUUGUUUGAAAGGGGGCACUUCCCACUUCCGCAAUGAAAUCAGUGAAAAUGUGCACCCUUAUUUUUCAUUUAUUAUACAAGCCAGUAGCAUUUUAUGUACAAAAUAUGUGUGUAUGCAUGUGUGCCUGUGUAUGUCUAAAAAAUAAUCAUGCCGAUUAACAUGCUAAUGGACGGAGACAAGUCAUUGACCAUUUCUGGGCCUUUUUCCCCUUCCCUCUAAAAUCAGUGAUUUGAAUUACUUAAUCUACGAGGUCUCUUCCAACUGUAAAUUCCAACCAUUUUGUCAGACUGGAAAAUUGUAUUGGCUUCUUCUCCAGUGGUUUUUUGUUUGUUUGUUUGUUGUUUGUUUGUUUUCUAGGGUUUUUUUUUUGUAGGUCAAUUUUUUCAUAUACAUAGACACAAAUCUCAUCAAAGAUUUUGUUUUUCUAAAAAACCAGGAUUUUGGUUCUUCUCUUUGACAGCUACUCUCCUCGUUUAAUACUAUUGGUUUUUUUAAUACCGUUUGAAGGGACCAAUGUCUGGGCCUUAGUUUGAGGUUAUCUACCUCUAGAAAGCAAGGAAAAUAUACACGCAAAGAGUUUCUUAAAAUCGCAUAUUUUCCCCCAGAAUUAUGAGUCAAAUGCUAUAGUAAUUACAGACAACAAAUGAUUCUAGAUCUUUAAAGGGUUCUCUUGGAUGAGAAGGGAGUGAAAGAAAAAGGGACAACCACUGUUUCGAAUGAAACACUUGAGUUUCAUUAAAGCUUUUAUGUGUGUGAAUAAUUUGUCUAAUGACUUGCACUGGAUCCCACCUCAGACCUUGCUUGAAGUUCUUUCUUGAAAUUCUUCCUGGAAUAACAACAGUUGGGAUCAGGAUACACAAAAACCAGUAGGUACAAGACAGGUUAAACCAACCAAAACUCUGAGUGCUAAGGACUCCUUUGGGAAGCCUACAGAUUUUAUGGUGAAGAUAUCCUAGUUUGGGGUGAAUUCGCUGUCUUUUAAUUUUUGUUCUUAUAUUAAAAAGUUUAUGCUCCGCAGAUUUAUUUUAUAGUAUGAUGGCUUUGUUUUGUUUUCCUAUUUUAUGGAAAAGUUGAUAGUCUUUUUGUAGUACUGUUGUUUGUGAAAUAUGAACAUAAAUAUAUGAAGAAAAAAACCUUGAAGUGCUGUGAAUAUCGUGGAGUGUAAAUUAGUCUUAACGUUUUAUCAUUUAUUUGUGAAGAAUUUGAGACCAUUGUAUAAUUAUCUUGUUGGCUAUGAUAUUUUAUGCAUGACCUCUUAACCUUUGACUUUUUGCUUAUUUCCCACUGCCAAGAGGAAGGCAGAUUUUAUGAAGGAUUUUGGUAGCAAAUCUAUUUUAUAAGGUGAAAAUCCACAGUGGAGGCAGGAAAGUCUGUAUCUGUUUCGACUCAAGUUUAGAAAUAAAAUGGCUCCAUCUGGGAA